AUGGAAGGCAAACUGAUGUCGAUCUUCCUGUUCCUGGCACUGUUCUGCCUUUGCAACCAAGGAAAUGCAGAACAAUGCAGCCUGUCAGACCUAGCUGUCACCCAGACCGCUGUGCCGUCAAGGGUCGAAGGCUACACGAAGUACGCGGUGACGGUGGAGAACAAAUGCAUCUGCACGCAGGGAAACAUCAAGCUGUCAUGCAGCGGGUUUAGGCCCUCGCUGGGAGUCAACCCGGACGUGCUCAGCGUGGACGGCGAUGGCAAGCUCUGCACCCUCAAUGGCGGCCGCCCCAUCGGCAUGGGCCCUGACUAUGCCGUCAAGUUCUCGUACGCGUGGAGUUCCGAGUUCAGCUUCAGGCCCGUGUCAUCAACCAUUGCCUGCUCCUGA